AGGUGAUCACAUAAAGUGUGAAAGAGUAAUUAAGAGUAUCUACAUACCUAACAAUAACAGCGAUAGAUAAUACAAUUUCCCUGCGCUGAUUAGCUACAAUAUUUUUUGUCAAGGCCGAUAAUAGUUCUAAACAGUGAGUGAUGAUAUAAUAAUAAAUACUGAAAAUGGAAGAGGAAAUUGAAGACUGCAUAAGAAAGAAAAUACACUGGGCACAGUUACCUCAAACUGUGAGAAAGCUACUAGGCGACUCUCCGAAGGAAUACGAUAGACACAUUUUUGAAUUCAGUAUAAAAAACCAAUUGAGAUAUAGAGGCAGUCUCGUUAGAACGGUUAAGAAAGAUGAGAAGAAAUACUAUGAGGUUCUUGUGCAAAACAGCAUACAGAAGCUCAUGCUCUACCCCUAUCACUUAGCUGAUAUGAUCGUUAAAGGAUUAAGGAUAACCCCAUUUAUUUAUUAUGUAGAAGUGGUGGCACUUCUGAUUGAGUUGGAGAAAAGCUACGAUACAAUGCCUAAUUUUACAGCAGCUGAUUGUCUCCGCCUAUUAGGCAUAGGUCGUAAUGAAUAUCUGGAAUUAGUAGCUAAAGCCAGGUCACUGGGCCGCCGAGGCAGAUCAAAAGCUAUUCGUUCUUUACUGCCACGAGUACCACAGAACAUUCCGAUGCAGCCGUGGUGGAGAAUCGAACUGGGCUACGUACUGGAGGAAGACGUUAAGCCGCUGAGUGAGAGUGAAGUGGCCGUCAUUGACGUACUGAUCGAUCGAGGGUCACAGACUGCAGGUACACUCGACUAUAACAUCGUUAAGAGCCUGUACAGACGGGGUCUGGUGUACGUGGACGUGCCUAUAACGGCGGCUGAUAAGGUGUCCGUCCCUCCGUUGAAGGGCUUCGUCAUGAACCGUGUGGCCGGGGACUACUUCGAGACCUUGCUGUACAAGGUGUUCGUUUCCAUCGACGAGCACACCGGGGUCGGGGAACUUGCUGCCGUCCUCCAGGUUGACUGCGAGCUGGUGAAGCAAGCGGUGUCGCUAUACUGCCGGCUCGGGUUCGCGAACAACCUGCACCCCCCGCCCGUCUCCCCGCCGCACCCCUCCUGGAGCGACGCGGUCACGACGCACACCCAUCCGCCGUACCGACAAAUAACACCUCUGACCUUUGACCCGGGAGUCGAUGAGGAAACCCUGCAAAUGGAACCGGUGCUUCUGAAAGACGCCCCAUCUACUUCCAAACAGAUGCAUGAAACUCCUGAGGGGUCCGGGGGUGGAGGCCGUCGAGUAGCCGUGCUGUUCGACUCGACGCUCGCCGCGUAUCUGAUGAUGGGCAAUCUGUCACCGGAUCUAAAAAGUCACGCCGUGACUCUAUUCGAAGUCGGAAAGCUGAGCGACGAAAGCUUAGACAGCCUGCUGUUGGAACUAGACAAGGUCGUAGCAGAUCCAGAGAUAGAGGGCGAAGCCCGGCGGUACUUGGCGGCGGCGGCGUGUCUCCGGACUGCGCUGCGGGUGCUCCGCCCCAAGCUGAGGCCCCUCGACCUGUUGCGGUGCGAAGCGUUGCACGCCCUAGGACAUCAGUCCAGGACCAGGCUCCUCGCUACUAAGUACAGGGCAGCUAUAGCCACAGCCCCGCUGUGCCGCGAGGCGCGCGCGGGGGCGGCGGCGGGGGGCCUGCCGCUGGUGGGGCCCGCGCCCCCCGAGGCGCACUCCCCCUGGAUGAGGCUCUACAUCUACCACGUUGCCGGGUACGGACCCCCCACGCUACUCCUCAAAAAAGGGAGCUUCCUGCGCAGCAUGCCCCGUCUGCUGCUGGGCUACUCCCGGCUGGGGGUGUGGUGGUGGGGCGCGGAGUGCGCGGUGGAGAGCUCGGGGGGCGUGGCCUCGUGCCUGCCCGCGGCCGCCGCGCUCGCCGCCGCCAACACGGCCCUGCGCCGCGCCCCCGUGCUGCUGCAGGCCAUGGGGGUCAGGGCCGCGGCUGGACUGCGGCACCUCAUGUUCCCGCCUGAAGAUGAUCCACUCACAGAGAACCAAGUGUUUUGGGCUCAGCACGCGGGGCUGCGGCGGCUGGCGCGGAGGCUCCGGCUGCAGCGCUCCGCCGGCUACGUGACGCUGGCCGACAUCGGGGUGCCCGACCUGGGCUGCGCCAGCCCGCCCGCCGCCGUGCAGCUGGUGCCACAACGAAAGAAGAAAGAAAUAUGCGGCAUCGCGAAACCGGUCCCCGACACGUCGCCCGCGGACCACAGCGCGCGGCUCCGGUCGCCCAUAGAGUCGCACUUUGCCGUGACGCCGACCGGGCCCAGCGCGCACGGCUCGCCGGCCAACGGCUUCACCAGCGCCGACGGCGGCCGCCUCCUCCGCGAGGAGCUGGACUACCUCGACGCCAGCGAACCCCCCAGGACCGCCCCCGCCGACGACGACCUCGUCCCCAUACAUUCCACCUCCGCGAGCUUCGAAGACUUAAAGCAUUCCAACGACGACUCCUUAACGAAUCCAACGCCGGGACGCGACGAUAUCAAUUCGAAACUAACCAAGGACAAUUCAAGUAAAGAAUCGAUAGUCGACAUAGUGUUGGUCAACGAUAAUAUCGAUAUGAAGAGUUCGAUGUGUAGUGAUGUCGUGCCGGUGCACUCGAGUAAGUCGAUGGACCGGCUCGGCGAGCUCCUGAGUCCGGCCGAGGAGACCAUAUCGAUGUUCACGCAGCUGAGCGACAAGCUGAGCGAGGUGUCCGCGGCCGAGGGGGACAGCGGCGUCGACACGGCGCACGUGUCCGACGACGAAGCCUGCAGGCCAGAGAAAUGGACGAUACUGGACCUGCAGUUCGGCAUCCCGCUAUUCGACGAGGCGCUUUGCGAGUCCGUGUGCGGCAGCGUGGUGAGCUGCGUGGCGGCGCCAGACGUGCUGGACAAGAUCAAGGAGGACAAUGAGUUCAUACGUGCCGAUGUCCUCAAGUUCGUGUCUCAGUGUCAGUACUAUCCAGGCGAAGACAUGGGCAUAGUGAAGCGAGGUACUCUGGUCCCUUUGCCGCGCAAAAGCUUAGCGUUCGAGAACGGACGCAUCAGCGAGUGGAACGGGAAGUAAGGCUGUCUCGCUCUCGCCGCAACAACAACCGGCCGAGCGACAGAGACGGGUAUACGUCCGUCCCACGACACGCGUUCGUCGUUACGAUUUUGAGCUUUAUUAGAACGUAGUCGAAGUUAAUAUAUUAUAUUGUGAUUAUCAUUAAUGUUAUUUUGAUCUGAGCGAAUGAAUAUUACAGAAACUAUUUGUUGUGGAAGAAAUGUACUUAACAAUAUGUGAAGAUCAACGUUUAUAUUCUAGAUGUGGUAAAGUCACCUUUUCAUUAAUAGCAUAGAUGUGUGAACGAGCCCGCCCGGUGAUUGCUGGAGUCCAUAGACAUCACUUAAAGCCUGUCAAUUGUAAAGUACAACGGCAGUCCCACCCUUCACAGCAGAAUGCACGACAACUAUUACCCACUUUUUCCUUCCAUUACUAAAGUCUUAUUGUACUGAAUAAAACACUUCACACUCAUAGAUACAUAAUUGUAAUUGAAAGUGAUCGCUUGACAAACUGAAACUAAUCCUGCCUUUCAUUGAAUUUGAUUGAGUUAGCCGGUCAUAAUUAAACCACUUAUCGUGGCAAAUCUAUUGACUGUUUACCAAUUUAAAAAAUAAAUCCUUAUAAAUGUCACAUAACAAUACGUAUACGGGCAAUCGCGCGCAUUAUAUUACAUACGAUUGCUUUAUCUAUCAGCUAUCUAUAGAUCGUCGGCUUAAAUCCGGCUCGAAGGACCAAAAAAGGAUGUGCGGUGUGUUCGGGUCCCUUAUGUUAGUGAUAACAACUCUAAUGAUUUGAGUAACUAUUUAUUGGUAAGCUCAAACUUGCUGAUACAAGGUACUGUAUAAAUGAUCUUAUGCAAGUACGCAAGGCCUUGCUGAUGGCGGUAAAAGAAGUGACACGAAAAUGAAUGACUCCGAUGCAUAAUGCAUCCGUAUGCAGGUUUACUGUACGCACUUGCCCGUACUAUAUAAUAUGGGCAUAAAUUGAAAAUGACUUUCCGGUUAUAAAUUACGCACGCGCCUGAGCGUCACGAUUGAGACAUCGACGUCAUGACGGGACAUGGUGGCGCCGUACGCGCUAGUGCACUCAUCUAGAGCCAAAACUAGACAUAUUAGUGUUGAUGGUACUAUGACAGACACAUUCGCUGGAGUUCCAUAAAGAACUAUGCCAAGUUUCAUCGCAAUUAGAUGGAAAAAAAUAGACCUAAUAACAGACAUAGACAUUUUUUUUAAAUAGCACUGAAAGAAACCUCUUGAAUAAAAGAAACACACACAUAUAUAAUCAAUGUAUUUAUUUGGUUUUGUAUUUAAAUGCCAUAUUUGAUAUGCCAUAAAGAGUAGUUUGUAUUUAUUAAUUGGCAACAUUUAAGUUCUAUUAUUUAUGUAGUGUAAAAACUUUUGUUCAUAGAUUGUAUAUUUUUCUUUUUUGUUUAUUUGUCUGAAGACAUUCUUUAAUAUGACAGUGACAAUUGUAUGAGAGAGAAAAAAAAUGGAUACAUAGAUGCAAUUAUUUUGGACACAGUAUGUAUUUAAGUUAUAUAUUGAAAAAUCAUAACUCACAUUACAAUAUGAUUUAUAAAAUGUUGUUGUUUUGUUUCUUUACAUAUAGAUCUAAUCGUAUAAAUGUGCAUAAUAAAGUUAUC